AUGAGAGGUGCCGUGCAGGUCUCGAUCAUGCUCCUCCUGGUAACUGUGUCUGACUGUGCUGUGAUCACAGGGGCUUGUGAACAGGAUGUCCAAUGUGAGGCAGGCACUUGCUGUGCCAUCAGUCUGUGGGUGAAAGGGGUGCGGUUGUGCACCCCACUGGGACAGGAAGGAGAGCGGUGCCACCCUGGCAGCUAUAAGGUCCCCUUCUUUGGGAAACGUCAAUACCAUAUCUGUCCCUGCCUGCCCAAUCUGGUGUGCUCCAGGUUCCUGGACGGCAAGUACUACUGCUCCGCAAACUUGAAGAACAUCAACUUUUAG